GUACCGAUCAUGGGUAUACAAUCACCAACAAUGUUUAUACCACAAGUGAAAAACCAGAAUGAGGUGAUUAUGCCCGGGUACCCAACUGGCCCCACUCAUUUCCAGUCAGAGAGGAUGGCAAGCUCUCCAGAUGAGGUGCAGAACUUGGCUACGGAUGUCGUUUUAAAGCAAUUAGGUAUGCUGCAAACUCCAGUUCGUAACCAAACUGCUAAUGCAAGAAUGUUGCAGAAUGGUCAGGCUUACAGAGGUCCUCCACUUGCACCGCAAUAUUACAUGACCUCUCCAAUGAACAUGGCUCCUAUUAUCACACCUUCCAUACCUACACCAACCGCACAAAGCAUGGCAGUUACCCCUGGCACAUACCUGGUGCCCUCUCCUACUCUCGCUGGAUAUGAGAGCCUGAAUCCAUAUACUCUGCAAAGUGCUUAUUACCAGCAUGCUUUGAUGGGUCAGCAGGCGGGAAUUGCAACUCUAGAAAGGCCUCGAUAUAGUGCGACGGAAUAGAUUCUGGUGGAA